AUGUCGGGAGGUGAUCCGGGUCCCGUGGAGGACCCUCCUGAUAACAUCCGGAGUAGACUGCCUCAGUUUUUGCGUAACAAGUCUUAUGAUGGUGUCACCCGAUUCCUUCAGUUGAGAAUGACCAUUGAUAAAUCUACCGACAAACGACCUCCUCUACCUCAAAACCCAUUCCUCAUAGGAAAAUCGGUAGAACGUGCCGUUGGAUCUACAAACCUCAAACAGCUCGAAGCUAUAAAAGAAGGUCAAGGUGCUCAAUAUAUUUUGAGGACAUCUUCGCCAGAAAUAUCUCAGAAACUACUACUAAUGACCACUCUACUGGACAAAACUCCCGUUGAAGUUGUACUGCAUCCAACCUUAAACUCAGUACAAGGUGUUGUUUACCAACCAGAUACAGUAGAUAUGAAAGAAGACGAAAUUCUCACUGAAAUUGAAUCUGAAGGUGUUUUGGCAGUGCGCAGGAUAAUGAAACGCGAUAAUAAAAAGGACUUACAAAAGACACCACUUCUCGUACUUACCUUCUGCAGCACGGUUCUUCCGGAAUACGUUCGUUUUGGCCUGCUACGCGUCCCAGUCCGUCCAUAUUACCCCUCACCGAUGAUCUGUCGUCGCUGUGGAUCUUAUGGUCACACCCAUAAGAGAUGUGACAGCACGGUUUGUCCAGUUUGUUUCAAGGAUCACCCGAUCACUGCAGGACAAAUUUGUGAUAACCAAAAGUACUGCAAGCAAUGUAGACAGGAAGGUCACUCUCCGACUAGUCGCGACUGUCCCUCCUUCCAAAAGGAAGAAGCAGUGAUCCGCCUGAAAGUCAACAAAGGCAUCACAUUUCAAGAGGCACGAACUGAAGUAAACCAAACUUGGAGUAAACCUACCUAUUCAAGUAAAGUGCAACAACGCAUAACGCAAGCCAACAAUGAUAGCAAUGAGAAAGAUAAACUCAUAUCGUUAUUACAAGAUGAGCUUACUAAACUCCGACAAGAAUUGCGGGAAAUUAGGCAAAAAGACCAGCAAGAUUCUUCACAACCGGCGCAAAAACCAAAUCAGCGUAUUUCUCGGAAAGAUUCACACGAUAUGACCAGCAAUCAACAAUCACAGUCCGGAACAUCUAAAAAAGACGGUGGUUCUAAAUCCACAGCGGUUACAACUGAAGAACCAGGAAUAUCAAUCGGAUCGAGAAAAAUUCUAUAUAAUACGAGAAGUGUUAGCAGAAAACGAAAUCUUACGCAAAACGAAAUUUCGCCAACCAAUCCAAAAACGCGACCAAAAAUAUCAAUUACAAACUCCCAAAUAUCUCAGCAUGAAGAGAACCUAGACACGGACAUGUUCUCUGAUGACGACGGCGCUCAGUGA